UAGUUAAAUAAAGAUUAAAUAAAAAAAUGUAUAAAAAGAAGUUACUUAACACUUUGACUCCUUUUACACAUGAUGUCUACGCAGGUAGGUUAACACAUUGUUACCUUCCAUGAUGAUAAUCCAUGGUGUCAUCUGUUUCAAGGCCCACAUGCCAUCCGGCAGCUCUAACCCAGGGCUUGAGUGUAACGGAGGUGUUGCUAUAUUAGAUGAACCUCCAUCCUCCAGCAGAGGAAGAUCUGCAUACAGUCUACCCACACCAGUCACUUCCUCCCUGCCUUUAACUGGGUCAAGCUGUUCUCUAGCUGCUUAUGGUUGGGUCUACUUCCUUCCUGGCCUUCUUCCGCUUCUUAUUCUUCCUGGUUUCAGUGUUGCUAGAGUCCUCUCGGGAGACUGUAGGGGUCAUCAUGUCAUAUUGACCAGGCUCAUUCACGACAUCAUCCAGACCUGUCAUUUAAAAGAGAGCUCCGUGUUCAGAGUUUUUUUUAGGGAGACAAAGAGCAUAGCUGUGAAGCACUGUUGCUUCCAUUUAGUGCUAUUUGUCACACAAAGGUGAUACCACAAACUAUAUUUUAUGCAUCUUUGUGGGUAGAUUGCCCUUUUAGUGUCUAUACAACACCACCAGGCUAACUCAAAACAUGAAUGAUCUGCCAUAUCAAACACUUUGUUAUUCGGUUAUACAAUUCACGGGAAAUAAAUAAUUAUUAUGAUGCUGACUCUUUCUGACUCUUGAUUGCCUGAUACAUCCUUAUAAAAAGACAAGUGGCAGCUUAUUGCCAUUUGACAGAAGAACAGGGUGAGUACACGUCACUCUGAUAGAGCCUACACAUGACCACAAUGCAGUUCAAUGUACUGAUAAAACAAAUGAAACAGAAAACUAUUUCCUUUCUCAGGUAAGGUGAGCGGUUAAGAGACUCAAAAAAUAACACCAGCAUACAACUUUAUCAGAAGAAAAUAGGUUUAGUUUUUCUAUAAUUUACCUUUGGAAGUCAUUGGGCUUUGGAGUGAGGAUGAUCGCUUACUUGGCUCUGUGUAAAUACUUCUCUCUGGCCAUAGUUGUGGUCAUAGUUUCCUGUGUGAAUGGAAAGGACCCUCUAUUUGAUUGCCUACAAGACUCAGACUAUAAUGAGCUACUUAGAAUAGUGGACAAGGGUCUCCCCCACACCGGCACACCUCAUCAUAUUGCCAUCAUCGGGGCUGGCAUGGCUGGCCUGACGGCAGCAAAGUUUUUGGAGGAGGCAGGACACAAGGUAACCAUAAUAGAGGCAAGUAAUCGUAUUGGAGGACGGGUAGAGACGUACCGACCUAAGGGAGAGCAUUGGUACGCAGAACUUGGUGCCAUGAGGAUCCCUAACUUCCAUACAAUUCUGUUGAAGAUUGCAAGCCAUGCAGGCCUUAGUCUGAACCCAUUCAUUGAGGAUAACAUUAAUGCUUACUAUUUGGUGAAUGGGUUGCUGCACAAAAACUCUCUGGUGAAAGGGGACCCAGACGUCCUCAACUAUCCGUUGAAUGAAGAUGAGAGAGGGAAGUCAGCUGAUCAGCUCUUCGACUUGUCUUUGCAGAAGAUAAGAGAUUAUGUGAAGAACAAUGGCUGCCGUGCCAUGCUGGACAAAUAUGACAUGUUCUCUGUAAAGGAGUACCUUGUGAAGGAGGCCAAUCUGAGUCGUGGUGCUUUGCGGAUGAUUGGGGAUAUUCUGAAUGAGAACAGUUUAUUCUACACUGCGCUCACAGAGGCGCUGUAUGAUCAGUCUGAUAUCAAUGAUGAGACUAUCUACUUUGAGGUGACAGGCGGGUUUGACAAACUACCCAAUGCCAUUUGCGAGGACUUGAAGGGCACCAUCCACCUAAAUUCCAAGGUGAAACGUAUCAGUCAGACUAGCAAUAAAGUGACUGUGUCCUACCAGGACCACCAUCUCUGGCACAAACCAUCCUCCCUCACCCACCUGACAGUAGACUACGCCUUGUUGACAGCCACCGCCAAGGCUACUCUCUUUAUCGACUUCGAGCCCCCGCUAUCAGCAGACAAGAUGGAGGCGCUGCGUUCGCUGCACUAUGAUAGCUCCACCAAGGUGGUCCUGAUAUUCAGUGAGAGGUUCUGGGAGAAGGAGGGCAUCAAUGGAGGGAGGAGCAUCACGGAUAUGCCCUCUCGUUUCAUCUACUACCCCAGCCACAGAUUCCCUAACACGGACAUCGGGGCCCUCUUGGCUUCCUAUACCUUCUCGGAUGACUCCACCCUCUUUCAAGGGGUGAAUGACGAGGAGCUGCAGGGUCUAGUGCUGGAGGACCUUGUCAAGAUCCACGGGGAGGGCAUACGGCCACUCUGCAUUGGAGGGCUGGUGAAGAAGUGGGCGCUGGAUCCCUAUAGUCUUGGGGCAUUUGCCCUCUUCACCCCGUACCAACAUAUAGACUAUGCCUCAGAACUGUUCAGGAACGACAAUAGGAUCCACUUUGCUGGGGAGCACACAGCCCUGCCUCAUGCCUGGAUAGAGACGGCCAUGAAAUCUGCUCUUAGGGCAGCUAGAAAUAUCAAUAACCUCAGAGAGUAGAGAACGGGUGCAGUACAGUAUAUACUCUAAUCCACUGGUGAAAGCGUAUGUCUGUAUACUCUGGAGAAGAGAGAACACGUACAGUUGAAGUCGGAAGUUUACAUACACCUUAGCCAAAACCAUUUAAACUCAAUUUUCACAAUUCCUGACAUUUAACCGAAG